UAUUGAUUAAUUUUUGUUUUCUCCUGAAAUGUCUCAAUUUUUUCAAACAGGUAAAUAAGACAAAUAUGAGGGCACUUGCCCAUACGCAUGCUAGUGAGCACUCCCACCAGUGUCUGCUCUUCACACCACCACCAAUGUCUGCUCUUCACACCACCACCAAUGUCUGCUCUUCACACCACCACCAGUGUCUGCUCUUCACACCACCACCAGUGUCUGCUCUUCACACCACCACCACCAGUGUCUGCUCUUCACAUCACCAUCACUGUCUGCUCUUCACACCACCACCAGUGUCUGCUCUUCACACCACCACCAGUGUCUGCCUUCACACCACCAUCACUGUCUGCUCUUCACACCACCACCAGUGUCUGCUCUUCACACCACCACCAGUGUCUGCUCUUCAUACCACCACCACCAGUGUCUGCUCUUCACACCACCACCACCAGUGUCUGCUCUUCACACCACCACCAGUGUCUGCUCUUCACGCCACCACCAAUGUCUGCUCUUCACACCACCACCAGUGUCUGCUCUUCACAUCACCACCACCAGUGUCUGUUCUUCACACCACCACCAGUGUCUGCUCUUCACACCACCACCAGUGUCUGCUCUUCACACCACCACCAGUGUCUGCUCUUCACACCACCACCAGUGUCUGCUCUUCACACCACCACCACUGUCUGCUCUUCACACCACCACCACUGUCUGCUCUUCACACCCCCCAGUGUCUACUUCAUGCCACCACCACUGUCUGCUCUUCACACCACCACCAGUGUCUACUUCAUGCUAUUACUGAUGUCUGUUCUUCAUGGAACUACCAAUGUCUGCUCUUCAUGCUACUACCAAUGUCUGUUCUUCAUGCUACUACCAAUCUGGCUGCUUACAGCAAUGAGAACAGGAACUAUACACAGCCCUUCUUAGUUCCAGGCUCCUUCCCUAACCUUACGUGCUUCCGAGCCAAGUCAACUGUUCUUCAGCCACCACACGCAGCUGACACAGCUCAGACCAUCGCCAGCCUAUAA